AUGUGCGGCAUCACGGCGGCUAUCACGCUUCAGCGGAGCGGCUCUGCUAAUGGAGCUAGUGGCAAUUCCGACUUGAAAGGACGCAAAACUCUUCACCAGCAGCUCCAGAAAAGUCUUGAAUCCAUUGCUCAUCGCGGUCCGGACGCUUCUGGAGUAUGGGUUAGUGACGAUGGGACUAUCGGCCUGGGUCACGCCCGUUUGGCCAUCAACGACCUGUCUCCGGACGGAGUGCAGCCAUUACAUAGCGACGAUGGCAUGAUCCAUGCCGUGGUGAAUGGAGAGAUCUAUGACCACGACGCGAUCAGGGAACGCUUGAUCCAAGAAUACGGCUAUGAGUUCAAGGGUCACUGCGACAGUGAGGUUUUGGUUGCCCUUUACAAAAUUUAUGGCGCACCUGGUUUCUUCGAGCAUCUCCGCGGAGAAUUCUCCUUCGUUAUUUACGACGAGAAUGACGGCCGAGUCAUUGUUGCGAGAGAUCGGUUUGGUAUCAAGCCCAUGUUUGGGACUCUUCAUGGCGAAGGUGCUAGCAAGCGGAUGCUUCUUACCUCGGAAAUAAAGGGCUUCAAAGCCUUGGGUUGGGAGCCUGAGUGGAAUGUCCAUGGCUUGCUUACCGGAUCUUCAAUGCAAACUCACAACACCGUCUUCAAGGACGUCUGGAAGCUGAACCCUGGCACUUGGAUGGAGAUCUCCCCAGACGGCGAAGUCGAUCAUCAUCAGUACUGGGACCCCGAUUUCAAGGACAAGCGAGAAGUAGAGACCCGGACCGUGGAUGAUAUGAUUGUGGAAGUGAGAAAGCGUCUGAUAGAAGCAGUGAAGCUCCGGCUUCGUGCCGAUGUACCGGUGGGGAUCUACCUAUCUGGAGGCAUCGACUCGUCCCUCAUUGCAGGCAUCGUGACGAAACUUGUCCGUGAGGAAGGGAUCAAGCUGGGAAAUCAAGAUGCAACGAAGCGUAUCCACUGUUUCACAAUUCAGUUCCCGGAAGCUUCAGGCUUCAACGAAGCUGAUAUUGCUGAACGCUCGGCUGAGUGGCUGGGCGUGCAAAUCCUGAAGAAGGACAUGGACGAGGCGGCAUUGGCCGACAAUUUCGCGGACGCAGUCUACCACACUGAGCAUCACAACUUUGACUUGAAUAGCGUGGGAAAGUUCUGCCUUUCCACACUGCCUAGGGAGCAUGGCGUACCUGUCGUGAUAACAGGCGAGGGCGCUGAUGAGCACUUUGCGGGCUACCCGUUCGUGCUGCCGGCCUUCCUGAUGGAAGCCGACGCCGCGUGGCCCCAAUCUACCAUGACUGACGAGGUCCGCGGAGACAUGUUCAAGGAGAUGUCACAAGACCUUAAAGAGAUGUUUGAUAGGAUCGGCAUGUUCGAGGACGAAUCUUCCUCAGGAGGUCCCAACAACUCGAUGCGGUUGGAACCCGAAUGGAAUGCGUUCUCGCCUUGGGUACGCGAGACGUACAAAGCACCUGGUUUUGGCGAAACAGUAAUCCCGCCCGAGGUUCUCGGGAAGAUGAUGACGAAGUGGCAUCCACUCCACACGAGUCUUUAUCUGUACACCAAGGGAACCCUCGCCAACAUGAUCCUGACUUGUCUGGGCGACCGCACCGAGAUGGCACACAGUAUCGAGGCCCGUCCGCCGUUCCUGGACCACCACCUGGUGGAGUACGUGAACAACCUCCCCCCAAGCGUCAAGGUCGGCUACCUCGACGCCGCUGGGGAGACGACCGGAUCGGGCACCACCGGGACUGGCGAGAGCCUGUGGUGGAAGGACCUGAGCCCGGCACGCCAGAAACUGAGCGAAAAGUGGAUUCUCAAGGAGGCUGGCAAGCCCUUUAUCACGCAGGAACUCUACGAACGGAGGAAGCAUCCGUACUCGGCGCCGCUCAAGUGGCCGCGUGGCGGCCCCAUACACAAGAUGAUGGAGAAUUUGAUUAGCAAGGACAACAUUGAGAGUUUGGGCUUCAUCGAGUGGGACAGCGCCAAGAAGUGGCUCGAGGAGGGAUUCGGCGACGACGCGAGCCCGAGAGCGUUCCGGAAGCUGAUCUGUACCGCUUCGUGGGUGGUCCUUGGCCAGAGGUUCGGGGUAAAGACGGCUACCAAGGAGCAAUGGUGUGCGUAA